CAUGCAAAGACGACAAAGGUCGGUAGGUGAGAAGAAACAGGGUCUCGUUUUUUACGCGCGUAAAUGCCUCCAAUUCGCAAAAUCCCCGUUGCAUUUCUUUGAUUUUUCUCAUUCAACGCAAAUCCAGCACCUCUUUCAAUUCUCUACGACAUUCUUCUCCUUGUUUUCUCUCGCGUUGAAGCAUCAAAUUCUCUUUCGUAAUGGUUUGCUGACUUUCAAUGUGCUUGAAACCCUAGCUGAUUUCGUCGCAAACAUCUGGAUCUCGCUGGGGUUUAUUGUACCUGUCAUCUGGAUUCCGUUCUUAAAGUAGACAUUGGUUGCCCCUAUUGAAAGCCAGAAAUCCUGAAUAUUACACAACUUAAGAAAGGAGGAAAUAUGGGGAACAAUUGGGUGUUUUUCAUUGAUCUUGAUGGAGGCUCACCUUAUAUCUUGCCAGUCGAGCCCUUUUCAUCUCAUAGAUUUGGAGACCAUCUAUUUUCACAUAUCAGUUUCUUUAUGGAUAAUUCUCUGUAUCAAUCUAGAAAUUUGUAUCUGGCUGGAAGUUUAGCACUUCAAGAAGCCUUUAAUUGCUUUUCAAAGAUCGCUGGUGCCCUGUUCCUAUGGUGCUCAGGUACGUCAAGUGCAAACAUGACUAGGGAAAUAUCAGGUGAUCUACAUGGUUCAAAUUCUAGAAGCGUUAAAAACUUGACAGAAGUUAGGAGCAUCCGUUCUGGUAGACUUGGGUCUAGAGGAUUUCACUUUAGCUUUAAUUUGGGAAUGAAACAUUCCAAGCCAUUUUUUCUUGGCAAGAUUGGCGGUUUUGCAACGAGACUUUUGGGUAAAGAAGCUGGAAGGCAGCAGUUGCAUCCUUUGCUCUCAGUAGCGGCUGCUUUAGUUCCUCCUCUUAACAACUUGGCCAGCAGAUCAUCAGAUGUUAUAGCUGUUCCAUUGGAGAAUAAUGAAUUGCAUGUCCAUGGAUGCACGGAGCAGAAACCUUGCGAAGUUGCGUAUGGAGCACCUGCUGGUUUAACGUUUCCUGACGUGAAUUGGACACGGCAUGCAAUUGAGCCCCAAACUGGCAUUGAGUUUCCCGUGGUACUAGAUAACAUUCUAUCCGGAGAAAAUAAUUCCAGCUUGAGUUCAGAGGUUCUUGUUGGAACUGGAUCCCGGAUUGUAAAAAUAGUCAAAAUUAAAUCCCUGAAGGUCUAUGCUUUUGGCUUUUAUGUUCAUCCAAACUCUGUCUGUGAGAAGCUUGGUCCAAAAUAUGCUUCUAGUUCAGCAGAUGAAUUAAAUGAGCGUCGAGAUUUUUAUGAAGACCUUCUGAGGGAGGAUAUUAAUAUGACCGUCAGGCUUGUUGUUAAUUGCAAUGGGAUGAAAAUUAAUACUGUAAGAGAUGCUUUUGAGAAAUCACUUAGAGCACGAUUGUUGAAGGCAAAUCCAGAAACUGAUUACGAUUGUGUGAGGACAUUUGGUUCUCUCUUCACCAAAGACAUUCCGUUACCUUUGGGAACAACGAUCGAUUUUCGACAGACGGCUGAUGGACAAUUAAUCACUGAAAUGGGAGGCACUCUGAUUGGAGCGGUUCGUAGCAAGGAAUUGUGUAGGGCGUUCUUUGAUGUUUACCUUGGCGACUUUCCAGUGUCGGAGGAAACGAAAAAAGAGAUCGGUAGAAAUGUGGCAAGUCUUAUUGGUAGAUGCUGACUAACAUCUUUGUUCUAAAAUUGUUCUCAAGUACCAGAGCUUCAAUUGCCCCUCAUUUUAUAUGGACAAUUGGUUGCUGUGACAUGAAAAACUGGUGGCAGGCUUUGGCAUUAACAAGAUCAUCACUUGGUUGUGCACUCAAAGCUGGCAAUAGCGAGUUGAGAUCUAGUACAUAUUUGAAAAGAAAAAAACAAAAAACAAUAAGAAAGACAGGCGACACUCCAAAUAACCAUUGAUUGAUUCUUUUACGCCAAUGGCUGCUGUAUGCAUAUGCAGGUUUCAUCACAUUUAUCAGCUUUCAUUUUUUGAACUUU